UUGUUAGUUGUAUUUUCCCUCAACUCCAGAAUUUGGAAAUACCCUCCCUCAUAUCAUAUUGGACAGGACAGGCAGGAACCUCCCCCUGAGCCAGAGCCAAAAAACCUGCACAUUCACACAUCAGACUCUGAACUUAAAGUACCACCUCUACCUCUCAGACACCUGCCCACAGAUUUACACUCUCCUGAAAAUGUGGUGUAGUCGUAUGGCACUGCGGCGGCUCCAGCAGGUUGCUGUUGCUCCUUUGAAUAUCACCGGGGGUCUCACAAGCAACGUGCAGAGGGAAAUGUCAACCAUGCAGCGGGUGUAUGUCACCCGGCAGAUCCCACCUGACGGCCUGAAGAUCCUCCAUGAAUCUGGACAGGUGCAGUUUGAGCUGUGGGACUCAGAUGACACCCCUGUGCCCAGGAAGGAGCUUCUCCAGAAGGUCAAAGGUGUCGAUGGUCUAGUCUGCGUGCUGACAGAGAAGAUAGAUGCAGAGUUAUUGGAUGCUGCAGGUCCAAACUUGAAAGUCCUCAGUACUAUGUCAGUGGGUUUUGACCAUCUCAAUUUGGAGGAGCUGAAGAAAAGAGGGAUCCGUGUGGGUUACACCCCUGAUGUUCUGACAGAUUCUGUGGCUGAGCUGACUGUAGCUCUGCUGCUCACCACCUCUCGGAGGCUCAUAGAGGCCACACAUGAAGCCAAGAUUGGUGGCUGGGGCACAUGGAGAACUAUGUGGCUGUGUGGAUAUGAACUAGCUAACAGCACUGUGGGGAUCCUGGGCCUGGGGAGGAUUGGUGUGGCCAUUGCUGAGCGGCUGGCACCUUUUAAAGUAAAGAAGUUCAUCUACUCAGAUGUGGCCCCCAGGCCUGAACUGGCCAAUCUCAUCAAUGCAGAGUACGUCUCGUUUGAUGAGCUAGCAAAGCAGUCAGAUUUCCUGGCUGUGUGCUGCGCUUUAACACCAGAAACAAAGGAAAUCUGCAACAAGGACCUCUUCUCCAAGAUGAAAAGUAGUGCUAUCUUUAUCAACACCAGCAGAGGUGGUGUGGUGCACCAAGAAGACCUGUAUGUGGCACUGUCCACAGGGCAGAUUGCAGGAGCCGGGUUAGAUGUCACUGUUCCUGAGCCACUGCCCACAAACCACCCACUCUUUACCCUCAAAAACUGUGUGAUUCUCCCUCAUAUUGCUAGUGCCUCCUAUAGUACCCGUAAUGCCAUGUCCAGCUUGGCAGCAAACAACCUCCUCCUUGGCCUGCGGGGGGAGCCGAUGAUCAAGGAACUCCCACUUUGAAGGAAAGUGGCCUCCCCAUCAAGAAAACCUGCUGAAUACUGGACCAUCAAAUCUACUAAUGUAUUUAAUCAUUCUUAAUGGGGAUUAAGCUAAUACUGUGAUUCCAAGUUUGCUAAAGUUUUCUAAGUUAAAGUAUUAGGAUUCUUCUUUUUAAUUGGGGUCAUUUUCUGUGCCACCAUAUUUCAUAAAAACAUAAUCAACAAC